AAACCUUUCUAUAUCGUCAUUACAUGGCAGCCUCAUCUCAAAGAUUCACAUUCUCUCAAAGACAACAAAACUAAACCGCAAGAUUAUUCACACCAUGGACGGUCCAAACGCUACGGUGCCGAUUCUGCAGCUUCCAGCUGAAAUACUGCAUCACAUAUUGCAGUGGAUAGCCCCAGCCGACCUGGUUAUACUGCCCCGUGUGUCCAAGGUGUUUCAAACAGUCACGAAGGUGAACCACAAAUUAUAUCGAGAUGUCUAUCUGAACACGCUGGAUGAACCAAGUAACCAGAGCCUUGACUACGAGCAAGAGAUUCGCGACUUUGUGAAGCUUGAAAGUAUAUGCAACAACCCAGAGAAAUCUGAACUCGAAUUUGUACACGACACAGUCACUCGUCUGCUCAAAAAUGCUUCACCUUCUCACGACGAGGCCAUCAACCUCUCCAAGACCCAUGCACCAUCGCGCAACGUCGCUCACCUGCAAAGUCUUUUCUCUCGAGACGACACUGCCGAGGCCUUCCUCCAGGGUUCAUCGCUUUUCAACCGCCUGCGCCGCCAACCCACGCGAGACAGUAUCUCUGCGCCCACCUCAUGUGAUGACGGCUACAGGACUCUCCAGCAACAGAGCGCCCAUCUUCACUGCCUUUAUUCAAGGCCUAUCCUCAACGUUGGUCGCCUACGAUCUAUGAAAACGUAUCCCUAUGCUUGCUCCAAGGUCUACGACCUGCGCCAGUUUACCCAGAACACAGGAUGGGGGCCAUUCAAAGACGAUGGCACUUUCAAUGUUGACUGGGAAAAAGUGGAGGCUAUUCUCAUUGUUCUAGGCCACAACAUUGGCGCAAGACGCCAGAUUGCACGAAUAUUCGCUGAGGUUUGGGACAGCCCGUUCUCGGGGUCAUUUCAAAACAGUUUUAUGGCUCCUCCGCCUCGUGACAUCACAUCACUCGAGGCCCGCGACCCUUACGGAGUCACAGGCACAUGGUUUCAGAUUGUGUGCUUUCUUGAUUAUAGCGAUUUCUUCGCUUUUAAUUUUGGUGACCCCGAACUCAUCACCGCCGAUGCGCCACGCCCACCACUUGAUGUGGGUGAAGCAACUCGCAUUAUCAUGAUGAAAGUCAAUGUUACAUCUAUAGAAGAACCAGGCCCCGAAGACGGCCAAGAGCUACCAGUAGUUCACUUUCGUGGUGUAUCUCGUUCUCUGGACGAUUCGUUUGACGACAAUGCCAACUCAAAUAUCCGAGGCACUGCUCGCCUGACAAAAGAAGGCGAGGUGAGAUGGACUACAUUCUCAAUCUUCCAUGGUGUCGAGCGCUGGCGCAGUGAGGGUGUUCAGAUCGGAGGCGUACGGUCCGCUCGAGGCGUCGUAGGAAACUGGUUUGAUAGUGACUACGAUGUUCACGGACCUGCCGGUCCCACAGCCUUCUGGAAGGGCGCGACCCUCGCGCAAGUCGCAAACAUGGAGGACGACCUUCUGCCAAACGACUUCUUCUUGCCAUACGGCGCUCUGAUCGACAUAGACUCUGAGACUGAUCCGGAGGGAGAAAUGCCGUACACUGGCGAAGAUGACGAGGAUGAGGAUGAUGAAGACGAAGAGAUGGAGGGUGCAGCAGGAGAGGAACUGACGGCUCUCCUUCUCGAUGCGAACUUGCCUUUAGAAGAGAGCCUCGCAAAUCCCCACAUUCUGAACUGAUUGAUUUUGAUAUAACGGCGUUCGAAUUUGGAGUGGACAAUAUCUCAGGAGUUGACGAACCCGUUCACCCAUACCUUGAUUUUACUCAAACGAUUGGAGCAAUUUCCUUCUUAGGACAU